UACUAUCUGUAUGGGAUGUUCAUCUGAAGCAAGUUACAUCACACCAAACUAUAGUAUGAAUGAGCAUACACAAAUAGUAUCUCCUAACGGAAAAUAUAGAUUAGUAAUGCAGACUGAUGGCAACUUAGUCCUAUAUGAUGGUCCAACAGCAUUAUGGCAAUCAUGCACAUGUGGUAAAGGUGAUGGACCUUACAGAAUGGUACUCCAGACUGAUGGGAAUCUUGUUGUGUACGCAGGCAAUGGGUUGCCAAUGUGGACAUCUAAUACUUGUAAUGAACAAGUUAGCUAUUUGGCCGUACAAAAUGACGCAAACGUCGUCUUGUAUGACAGAAAUUGGAAUGCAAAGUGGGCUAGAACAUGGUAG